UCACGUCGUCGGCUAACGAAAAAUUAUUUGGGAGGUUUUUGGGUCCGACGGAGGAGAAAGGAAGAGAUGGGUCAAGCUCAGAGUAACGAGAACUCUGCGUCGACUAGUAAUACCCCUCCUCCUUCCACGAAUUCGCCGCGGGAUUCUGACGAUACUUCGUCGUCUCCGAUGGGGUCUCUCCUUGCAGAAGCUGCAGCAUUUGGUGAGGGUGACAAUGAGAAUGAGUCGCUUGAAGCCAAGGCACAGAAGGCCCUGGAUUGUCCUUGCAUAGCAGAUCUGCGUAAUGGAUCUUGUGGGUCUCAGUUCACAGAGGCUUUCCGUUGCUUUCUCAUGAGCUCUGCUGAAGAAAAGGGAUCAGACUGUGUUCAUCCAUUUGUGGCAUUGCAAAGCUGUAUCAAAGCCAACCCAAACGCAUUCUCCAAAGAGGUUCUAGAGGACAAAGAAGAGACCGAUAAAAAGGAGGAAGAGCAGCAGCCGCCUGUGCAACAAGACCAUAGAAUCAUCCCACCUCUCUGGGCAAAGGACCCUCCUCGCAGUGGCAAAUCCAAGCUUUAGAACCCUCUUAUCUACAACAAUGGAAAGCUUAUUCUUUUCUCUCUUCUUCUCUUACGAACAACAAACUGAAGAAAAAAAAAAGUAAAAGAAGCCAUUGUGUAAACACGUUUGGUUCUUAUUAGCUUACAUUCUCUCGUGUUUUGAUCCAAAA